UGCAGAGAAAGAAGAAAUCACACAAAAUUGCAAACUUCAUCAUCAAAGAUGGAUAUGGGUCUUAAUGAGAUUAAUUAUGAAACCUCUGCAGAUUCAACAACGGUUGAGAAAUUGGAAUCACUUUUGGACGCAAUCGAGGAUCUUGAAAGGCAGGAAUCAGAAGUCCAAUCCCGUUGUAUUGUAGAAUAUGCGAAAUUGUUGGCUGAGGUUAGUGAGCUUGAGGAUAUGCUACAAAAUGAUGUUGGAGGGGAUUUUGUGUAUGGCAUUCUUGAUGACAGUAUAAAUGAGUCUAAGGAGAGACUGAAUAUGCUGAAGAAGGAGCUCGCAUCUAAAUUAAGAGCUAUCUUACUGCUAAGAAGACAGCUUGAUGACAUUCCCGUACCUGCUGAACUCCUCCAGUACGAACUAUGCUUUUCACAGCUUUAUACCAGCAUUCAGAAAAAGCUUCGACAAACUCGAAAAUACUAUGAAACCUUCAAUGCACUACUGGAGAUAAAGGAGUUAAUGCUAAAGGAGACAUCCUUGCUCAACUCCAUAAGUUCACAGUUCCAAAACGCCAUCACCAGCCCCACUGGCCGAACAAAACUCGUUGAUUCCAUGAAGGGCAUUCUGCAGGGGAUUCAGCAGAAACUGGAAAAAGUGCAAUUAGCGUGCGAAUCUGAGCAAAAGGCUUGUGACGCUCUAAAAGAGAAGCAUAGAAUAGCUAUUUCAGAGCAAAGACACUGCUACUCUCUCUUGAAGGCUUUCCAGGAGGAAUGUGCAAGGAAUGAGAGAUUGCGGCAAGCCCGGACUUUACAACCAUCCUCAUGAUGCUGCACAAUCCUCAAUUGUUAUCUACAUGGAUUACAUAAUCGGACUGGGUGGGAUGGUCAAGUUUUUGAUUUACCUGACAGCUUUGAUUAGACAGAAGAUUGCGCGUGCUGUAUCUACAUUAGAUAUGACCAUCAUCUCAACUUGUAUAUAUUCCUUGACUUUGUAUACCCUAUUCUGGUAAAUCUUGCAUGCUAGCAUACAAGAUUUCUGAAAAUCUCACUCUGAUAUAAAUGAUUGUUAUUGCUUCU